AUGGUAUUUCUCCGAAUAUCUCCAAUGAAAGGCAUUAAACGCUUUGGUAAGAAGGGAAAGCUUAGCCCGAGGUUCAUUGGACCUUUUGAAAUCCUUGAAAGGAUAUGGCAAGUAGCGUACAGGUUGACUAUGCCCCAAGCGCUGGCAGCUAUACAUGAUGUGUUUCACAUUUCAAUGCUUCGGAAGUAUGUCUCAAACUCGUCCCAUAUACUGAGUUACGAAGCAUUAGAACUUCAGCCAGACUCGUCAUACGAGGAACAACCGGUGCAAAUACUCGAUAGAAGAGAGAAAGUCUUGAGAAGCAAGACAGCUGCACUGGUUAAAGUACUGUGGAGAAACAGUAAAGUGGAAGAGGAAACCUGGGAACUCGAGACGGAUAUGCAAUAG